ACAUGAUUAUUAUUCAAUAGGAUGGAUUGGAGUCCUUUGACAAGACACACAAUUUGGGGACUUACUAUAGGUGGUUUCGUACAUUGGCUACAAAUCACCGCCAUUAAUCAAAAUAUGAUUCAACGAUAUUUAUCUCUUCCUACUUUGCAAUCAGCUAAAAGAGCACUUUGGUGUUUUAUGAUUGGAGUUAUAUUGCUGAUUAGUAUAUGUGGAUAUGCUGGUAUGCUGAUUUAUGCUUGGUAUUAUGAAUGUGAUCCACUUACGACCAAGCUGGCACGUGCUAAGGAUCAGUUAUUACCGUUGUUAGUUAUGAACGUUCUAGGAGAAUUUCCAGGAUUGCCUGGUCUCUUUGUGGCUGGUGUAUUUAGCGCCGCACUUAGUUCAUUAUCAACCGGUCUAAACUCCAUGGCAGCCGUGGUGCUUGAGGAUUUUGUUAAGCCCUUUAUGAAGACUCCUUUUACGCGUAAAGGUGCCGACGUCUUUAUGAAGCUGACGGUUGUCAUUUUAGGAACAAUCUGUGUUGCUCUCGUUUUCGUCGUUGAGCAAGCAGGCACUCAUAUGUUACAGUUGUCCAUAAGUCUAGGCGCUAUCACUCAUGGACCAUCCUUUGGCAUUUUCAACAUGGGAUUGUUAUUACCAUGGAUUAAUGCCAAGGGUGCUCUAGUCGGAGGAAUUGCAGGUUUGAGUUUCAUGGGUUGGCUUGGUCUUUCUGCCGAAGCAGCUAUUACCAGUGGAAAGAUUAAAUUUGAUAUGAAACCCGUUACCACAGAGGGAUGCACUUAUUCAUUCCCACAAGUAGAAAAUUUAUUGAUAUCUGUACCACCAGAUUCAAUUUUAGACAACGAGGUUUGCAAGGCGUUUUUAAGGAACGGUCCCAAACCUUUACACCAACUCCUCGCUUAUCCACAUAUAUAAAAUUUUACACAAUAUAAUUGGCGUUUUUCAGGAAUGUACCCAACCCUUUACAAAACCUACCCCUUCCUAGCCCGAUCUGACCAUUACGGCCCUUUAAACUCUUUUUCUUCCCUCCCUUCCACGCCCUCUACCCUGAUCUCAUCCCCCAUUCCUCCCUCUCCUUGCCCCGUCUCUCUGGCGUCAUCCUCUCCUUCCUCGCGUGACAGACCUUCUCUCUCGCAACAGAUUUACACAAACUUUCACAUUCUCUUACUGGUGUUUUUCAGGGACGUACCCAACCCUUUACAAAACAUACACCUUCCUAACCCGACCUGACCAUUGUGGCCCUAUACACACUACAUUACCUCCCUCCCUUCCACGCAUCAAACUCCCCACCCUCUCAUUUCCCUCCUUUCCGCCUUACUUCCGUCCGCCACUUCUCCCCCCCGACAGGCUCACUGCAUCUUAGCUGGGCUCUCUUCUUUUCAUCCGUCUCUCAUGUUGCCUCCUUCGCUUCCUGUCCAGCUCCUCUCCGCAUUCUGCCAUCUCCUUGUCCUGCUCCCCUUCUGCACACAAAACUUUGUCAACCUCUCCUUACAACCAACCAUCUCAACCUCCUCCUUACUCCCUCUCUUUAAAGAAAACCCCCUCUUAUUUUACCUAAACAAACCACCAGACCAGCUUUCUCCAGUGAUACCCUUUUUGUCUUUAACCACCGUCUCGACGUCCCGACGUGCCACCCUGCUCAGCAUCUGAUCCCCUGCGCCGUCUCGGUCCUCCUCCACUCACCGGGUUAUCUUGUAAAGUUACGUAUUUUUAGUGACUGAUAGAUAGAAAUAUCCAAUACUGCACAAUUGUAGCUGAAUAAUGCGUUUAAUGAGUAAACCAAAGAUUUAAAAACAAUUAAUACAAGAACUUUCUCUAGCACUAUAUGUCAUUUUU